AAGGCCGCGGGCUCGAAGAAGAAGCGCAAGAGGAACCCUACGGAAGAGGAGAUCAUGGCUCGACUUGCUCGCAAGCGGGCGAAGCAGAACAGGGAACUUGAGAGCAGAGUGUUGUCGCAGAAAUUAGCUGAGCACGGCCUGUCCCUGGUCGAGAUCCCGGCGGACGGGCACUGUUUGUUUGCAGCGAUUAGCGACCAGCUGAAGAGAAGCGCGAGGCACGGGGAAGUGAUCCACAACUACAAGAGCCUCCGACGACUAGCGUGCGACUACAUGCUCAAGCACGAGGAUCACUUCAAGCACUUCCUCUCACUGGGCAAGGACACCUUCGAGGAGUACUGCAAACGGAUAGGAAGAACGACCGCGUGGGGGGGGCAGCAUGAAAUCAUCGCCCUCUGCCACGCCCUCAAGCGCAACAUCGAGGUCUACCGCCAUGACAUGACCCGGCAGCUCUUUCCCGACGCAGAAGCGCCCUACGAGGGCCCGCCUCUGCGCCUGAGCUACCACAUGCACGAGUACAGCGGGGGCGAGCACUACAACUCAGUGGUGCCG